AUGGCAACGAUCACUUUCCAACAGCAAUCUCAACCAGUUCCAAUUCAAAUUCAACAACAAGGCGUACAGCUGUAUCCUCAAUAUAUUCGACAACCAAUACCGCUAUUAUCGGUGCCAGUAAAACUACGCCAAUCAGUAUACUCCUUGUCUCUUAUAUUACUUGUUCUUGGCUUGAUCUGUAUCAUCUUUGGUGGAAUUUGCUUUGAAGUUCUACGGUAUGGUAUUGCUAUUGUUACUGGUGUUAACAUCUGGGCAGGAUUAAUAGGAUAUUUUAAUCAAAGUCAAGUCGCCUCCGUAAACGUUAACCAGCCGAACAUGGUAAUGUAUCAGACUAAUGUUGCUAUGCAGCAGUCACCAAUAAGUGCUAAUCCACAACCAGCAUUCGAUACUCAAAUGGCCUACAAUCCAGGAAGCUCUAUGCCAUCUACAGUAAUCAUGAAUGCCCAGAUUUCCAACACUACAAACCCAAUGGAAAAGCAUCUAUUUACCGAGCCUCCUGUGUAUAGUACUACUAGUUCGUAA